GCUGCUCGUAUUUAAUUGAGAGCGAAUACGCAAACAUAUCAGAGUGCAGUGCUGUAUGGGUGCAGUUUAGCGCCUUAUACUCGUAAAUCCUCCAAAAUGGUGUGGGCGCCUCUAAACUUGACUGACAUCUGUCCAGCCCACACUCAAGCCACCGCUUGCAGCCAGUUCGGAUACAUAUUCCUGAACCUCGUCAUCCGUCUGUACGGUGAUGCGGAAGACAGACGGAUCCAGGAGGCAAAAGGAUAUUACGGUGAUGGGAUAGUCGAGAACUUGUAUAAUCAUGAAGUUAAAGAGGAAUAUGACUUCAUAGUGGUUGGAGCGGGAGCGUCAGGGUGUGUGGUGGCGAAUAGAUUGUCAGCAGUUAAGGACUGGAAGGUUCUCCUACUAGAAGCAGGUCCAGAGCAGCCUGAUAUCACUCUAGUACCUGGAUUGAGCACAGCUCUCAUUGGCUCCAACAUCGACUGGAAUUACCUGACGGAACCCAACGGACGCAGUUGUCUUGGCAGACCCAACCAGCAGUGCGCCUGGCCGCGUGGCAAAACUAUGGGAGGGUCGAGUUCAAUCAACUCCAUGUCGUAUAUCAGAGGCAAUAAAGUCGAUUAUGACGACUGGGCCGCCGCUGGAAACGUGGGGUGGAGCUAUAAAGAUGUUUUGCCCUACUUCAAGAAAUCCGAACACAAUCUUAACUUGGAGGCGUUGAAUAGAAAAUACCACGGUGUGGAUGGAGAACAAUACGUGUCCCGCUACCCUUACAUAGAUGACCCUUCUAUUAUGUUGACCGAAGCUUUCCACGAAGCUGGCCUGCCCUUUCGAGACUACAAUGGUGCUGAACAAGUUGGCACUAUGCAAGCCCAGUCUGUAGUUAAAGACGGGGAAAGAGUGUCUACCAACAACGCUUUUAUCCAACCAAUCAGGUACAAAAGGAAGAAUCUCACAGUGAAACCCAACUCUGAAGCCAUCAAAAUACUCGUGAACGAACAUAAAAGGGCAUACGGGGUCAUGUACAUCAGAAAUGGAAAGAUCAGAACCGCUUAUGCUAAAAAAGAAGUCAUAGUCAGCGGAGGUGCCAUCAAUUCCCCGAAACUACUGAUGUUGUCGGGCAUAGGGCCUAAGAAGCAUUUGGAGGAUCUGCACAUAGACGUGGUCAAAGAUUUGCCUGUUGGCGAAAACUUACACGACCACGUCACGUUUAACGGUUAUAUCAUUGCUCUACCUAAUAAAACUAACACAAUGGUUGAUCAACAAGAAAUUCUGGACAGCGUUUACGAGUAUUCUCAGCAAAAAUAUAAGACAAACCCAUUGGCAGGCAAUGGGGCUGUAAAUUCUAUAUCCUUUAUCAAAACUGAGCCUGGUUUGCGCGCUCCAGAUAUACAGUUCCAAAUGGAUGUCACAGUUUGGGAGGAGUACAUAAGAGAACCAGCGUUAGUCGACUCAGUUGCCAUAUUCCCUACUGCUUAUUACACGGGAGUGUUGCCCCGUACUAUGAAUUUAGUCCCGAAAAGCAGGGGAAAGAUUCUGCUUAACGCGACCAAUCCUUAUGGUCCACCACUGAUUCAUGCCAACUACUUCGGCGACUCGAGAGAUUUCCUGCCUAUAAUCCGAGGUGUUAGGUUCUUGCUGUCCUUAGAAAAUACCAAAGCGUUCAGGUCUAGGGGAGCGUACUUUGUGAAGAAGCCAUUGAAAGUGUGCGAUCAUUUGCACUGGGGAACUGAUGAAUAUACGGUGUGUUUGGCAAAAGCGUACACUUCGUCACCUUACCAUCCGGCAGGUACCUGUAAAAUGGGUCCUAAGUCGGACAAAACUGCUGUGGUUGACCCAAGACUGAAUGUGUAUGGAGUGGAAGGCCUGAGGGUCAUAGAUGCGUCAAUUAUGCCAGUCGUGGUCAGGGGGAACACGAAUGCACCCAGUAUUAUGAUCGGUGAACGAGGCGUCGCCUUCGUUUUGGAGGAUUGGCUUGGCAAAUCUCAUGUGUACUAGUGAAAUUAAAGAUGUGAUUUUCAUCAGUUCGCUUCUUAUUUAAAAUCCAUGUGAUACAGGCGAUACAGCCUAGUGACAGAUAGUAACUGUCAGUCU